GCGCCCGCCCCCUUGAUCCGCCAUGAUGGACGCGGCCUGCGUUGGAGGUGGACUCGAGAUGCAGCGGCGCUGUGAGGAGCUCUAGGAGGCCCUAUGUUCCGGUGGAGGCAGCCGCACGUGGGGGACCUGGGCAAUGGGGAGCCCGAGCCCGAUGACGCGGGCCAGUCGCGCUCCGAGCCCGAGGAGAGGAGCGGUCACAUAGCCGUGUUUUGCGGAACCCGCAUGUACGUGUGGGGCGGGUACCUGGCUGACAACUCUGUGGACCUUUAUCUUCCUUCCAGUGAAAUGUGGAUUUACGAUACUGAAACCCAAGUGUGGCAUCGGCGAGAGCUUGGAGGAGAGCUUCCUCCCCCAAUGUCUGGCAGCUGUGCAGUGUGCGUUGAUGGAAGAUUAUACAUGUUUGGGGGCCAUCACCACCGUGGCAACAGCAAUGAGUUUUACACAAUGUAUUUGUGUCCCCGUGGAGAUUCUUACAAGUGGGAAAGGAUAUCAAAUUACACGGGCCAGCCUCCCUCUCCCAAGGACAAACUGGGCUGCUGGACACAUGGCAACAAGCUCGUAUUUUUCGGCGGUUAUGGAUACCAGCCCCGCGAGGCUCAUCGAGGGACCUUCGAGUUUGACGAAACCUCCCUGUGGGGGCCAAAUGUUUCCAGAGGCUGGAAUAAUCAUGUGCACAUUUUCGACCUGGAAACAUACAGUUGGAGUCAACCGCUCACGACUGGCACGCCACCACUUCCUCGCGCGGCACAUGCCUGUGCCACCCACGGCAACCGGGGCUACCUUUUUGGAGGCCGCUACCUGGGGGCUCGGAUGAAUGACUUGCACUACCUGAACCUGGACAACUGGGCAUGGAGCGGCCCAAUAGCAGUCAGAGGAGAAGUGCCGCUAGGCCGAUCAUGGCACACACUCACGGCAGCCUCGGAUGACCAGCUCUUCCUCUACGGUGGCUUCACGACGGAGCGUCAACCUCUUGGGGACGGUUGGAUUUACAGUGUGAAGAGCCAGGAGUGGCGGAAGCUCUCCCACAUCCCUCCCGACAGACCGAGGCUGUGGCACACGGCAACCUUGAGCGAGGAAGGCGAGGUGCUGGUGUUUGGGGGCUGCUCCAACAACCUGCUUGCAGGAGAGAUGUCUGGCCAUAAGAACGAUGUGUUGGUGUUUUGUAUUCAGCCAAAGUCUCUUCUACGGCUGAGCGUGGACGCCGUGGCGCGCCAUCGGGAACUACUCUGUACUCAGUGGGGGGCGCUUCCUCGCCACCUGAGCAGCCGCCUUCUUCAACGCACAGGGGGCCCAGCCUCUGGUUCCUGAAGCGCCUACAUGCAAUCAUGUACAUACAUGCUCACAAUCACAGGGGCACGUGCGCCCAAGUUCACAUGUGCAGCCCGCAGUCAACUAAAUAAGUCGGCAGUAGUGCCACACCCUGCAUUUGCGAGCCAGUGCCAAGCCGACACAGGGUAAAAACCUCGAGAAGAUCGCCAUUACUUUUUAAAGCUAAUCUAAAUUUUAUUGGAGGAAUAUUUCUGUGACUGAAGGCUCCGACCAAAUCCUUAGAAAACCACCACAAGCACUUUACGCCUGAACAAUCAUGGAGAGAUGGCUUUGGAAGGAUUUGGUUAGAGCUGUCAGCGAAAUAAAUAUGCCUCCAAUAAAAUAAUUUCAACUGUUAGCAUUGGCAAACUUGCAGGAACGACCUAGGGUGCGUCAGCUGAUGUGCUGCAAAUUUCUCCCCUAUCACUGAAUUACUCAGCGGCAGAAUAUAGCGUUCCAACCUGGUCCAGAACCUCUAAAAUAUAUCGUGCCGCUGAUCGCGCUGUCACCGUAGAAUCACCAAUAUCCCGAAGAAUGCUCGCGAACACAGUGGAACAACAGAGAAGUCCAGAAUAAACACUUGAUUCAAGACCCAGACAUCGCACCUGGCUUUAACAUUGCUUGAAGACACUGGUAUGACCAUCAACCACAUCAGAUUAUUUAUACCAGAGGAAUCCGAUUAGCUAUAAAGCUCUUUUUUAUAUAGAUGUCCAGUAGGGGCAGGUUAGAACGGUACAACAACAGUGCAUAAACAGAAUAGGAAUGCAAAAUAUUGGAAAUGUAAACAAAUCACUUCCAAAAAUAUAGACAAAUAAAACUAAAGUAUUUUUUUCUUGCUAGGUAAAGCCCACUGAGCUAUUAGCUUCUGUUUCAGAAGUAACUUGGCCAGAAAUGAUAGCUCGACAAAGUGGCUUAUGUGGAAAUUGGUAGCAGCAAAAUUUAAUUUAAAUGCAUGUUUCUAAAUGAGGAAAAAACCAGAGAACCCGGAGAGAAAAAUCCACGCGACCACGGGGAAUCAGAAUCAGAAUCAGAAACGGUUUUAAUCGCCAUGUAAGUUUGCACAAACAAGGAAUUCACUAUGGCGGGACGGUGCAUACAUUGAACAAGUAGGAAUCUUAACUUAUAUAAAAGGUAUACACUCUAACUAUACUAACGUUACAAAGUAUAGGUAAUACCAAAGGGCUAAAAUCUUUAAAAUUAUGAAUAAGUAGACCUUAUAAAAUGCGAAUGUAAAAUGUUAAUUAGCCGUAUUAAACAAUCUUAAAAUACAAAAAUACAAAUAAGAUUACACGUGCAAACCCCAAAUAUACAGGUGUCAGGGUAGGGAUCAAACCCCCGACCUGCAUACCAGGCGAGGAAGAACAUCACACCAUCGUGGCGCUCCUUAAAUAAAAGAUAAAUAAAGUAUUUAAGUUCGAAUUGCAUUGGUACAUAAAUUCCCAAGUUUGGGAAAGGCAGUAAAAAGCAGCAAAAACAGUCCCAAACCACACCACGAUGUUGCACAGUCACUCAAAUUGUACAUUAAUAUGUAACUGUUGAUACAUUGUAAAGAAUACAAUUUACAAAUCAAAUUUGCAAAUGUGGCUGUAUCCAGUACUUAUCUCCUUCAGAAUAUUUCUUGAAGGAAGAUGUGUAUGAUAUUAAGGGAGGAAACGAGGUUGUUCCAGAACAUCAACAGAUUGAUGCACACAUCCAUGUCAUUGUAAAAAUAAGUAUAACCCGUAAAAACAAAGUUUUUCACUAUAAAUCCUUUAUAUGCGUGGCGGCUAGAGUCCUCUCGUCCUCUGGCUUGAGAUGGCUGCCACCUAUGGGUCAGAUGAUUGUCUGCCAGUAUUAAGCAAUUGGUAAUUAAAUAUUUAAUUUGUUUUCCCUAAACAGUGUAAAAUUUUGGAAAAAAAUUUUCACGAACAUUAAUUGUCUCGCACAACGAGUCUGUGUGCAAAAUGUCAGCUCGAUUGGAUCACGGGAAAUGGGUUAAAAAACGACCGAAAGAUUUGCACGGUCGUAAGCAAGCAAGCAUGCAAGCACGCAAGCAAGCGAAAUUAAUAUAAAGGAUUUAAUAAAGACAAUCCACAGUGCAAUUGUGAUCAUGAAACCCAUUCUAUGGACCAUACUGUACUCUGUGACCUAUGGUUCUUUUAACGGAGGAAUGGCAAAACUAUAUGAACUCUAGCCUGACGCUCUCAUGGCUAAGCCGUUCCCAACGUUGGCAUUUAGCUCUUGAACAUUGCCAUACGCAAUAAUGGAUUGUAUAGAAUGCAGAAUCCUAAUUUUACUGUCAUCGCCAAGUCUACACACUGUUAACAAGGCUGUUGAAUGCAGGAAUAAAAUAUUACUGUACAUUUAGAA